AUGGUUUCAAACCAUGAAGGUGGAGAUCCUAUACCCAAGAAAAGGAAAAGAAAGAGAAGCAAGAAGAACGGAAAUAAAAACAAAGAAGUAGAACCAGUUGAAGAGGAAUAUAUAAACAAAUCAGAUCAAAUCAAUGAAGUUUCACAACCAAGACAGAAUAAAAAAAUUAAAUUUAAUGAGGAUGAAGAAAUAGUAGGAGAACCCGAAGAAAUUUCUAUAGAGGAAAUACCAAUAGAGGAAGCCUCAAUAGAAAUAUCAGACGAUGAACCAAAACCUAGUACAAUUCGAAACAAAAAACCAAAAGUCAUAAAAUUUAAUGAAGAACCCGAAGAUUCAGAUUCAGAUUCAGAUUCAAAUAAUAAUUUUAAUUUUAAACAAUCCUCAUUACAAUUAGCAGAAAGAGCUAAAAACCUUUUGGAGAUACGACAAAAUUUACCAAUAUAUGAACAUAAAGAUCAAAUCACAAAUUUUAUUUCUGAAAAUCAAGUCACAAUAGUUAUUGGUGAAACAGGUUCUGGUAAAUCUACUCAAAUUCCACAAUUUUUAAUUCCCGAAAAUAAAAAAUCAAUAGCUGUAACACAACCAAGAAGAGUUGCCGCUGCAUCUUUAGCUGCAAGAGUAAGCGAAGAAUAUGGAUGUAAGUUAGGUUAUGAAGUUGGUUAUCAAGUUCGUUUUACAAAUAUGUCGAACCACAAAACUAAAUUAAAAUAUCUUACUGAUGGUAUGCUUCUAAGAGAAAUUAUGAUGGAUAGAGAAUUGAAAAAAUAUAGCACCAUCAUACUAGAUGAAGCUCACGAAAGAACAAUUUUAACUGAUUUAAUAAUGGGAUUUUUAAAGUCCUUAAUAGUUUCUGGUACAAGAAACGAUUUAAAAAUUGUUGUGAUGUCAGCAACUUUAAAUGCAGAAUUAUUUAGUAACUUUUUCAAUGAUGCUCCAAUUCUAUAUAUCGAAGGUAAAAUGUACCCAGUUACUCAAUUAUACCUUGGAAAUGAAGAUAAUCAAGAUAUAGUAGAUUGUAUGAUACGAUCAAUUAUUAAAAUUAAUUUAACUGAACCAGAAGGUGAUAUACUAUGUUUCUUACCAGGUCAAGAAGAAAUUGACAAUUGUGUUAAAACUCUAGAUCAAUUAGCUCCUCAAUUACCAAGAGAAGCUCCCUUAAUUGUACCAUUACCUUUAUAUGCUGCAUUAUCACCCCAUCAACAAUCAAAAAUAUUUGAGAAACUACCAAAAGGAAGAAGAAAAGUAAUUUUAGCUACUAAUAUAGCAGAAACUUCAAUUACCGUUCCUGGAGUAAAAUAUGUUAUAGAUUCAGGAUUAAGAAAAGUUAAAAUUUGCAAACAUAAUUUAGGAUUAUCUACAUUAUUAACAACUCCAAUAUCACAAGCAUCUGCGAGACAAAGAGCUGGUAGAGCAGGUAGAGAAAGUGCUGGUAAAGUAUAUAGAUUAUAUCCAGAAAAUGAAUAUUUCAAUCUACCAAAACAACAAGAGUCAGAGAUUAAAAGAAAUGAUAUCAUACUACCUGUAUUGACUUUAAAGAAAUUAAAUGUUGAUGAUUUGUUGAAUUGGACUUGGUUAGAAGAUCCGGGGCAAGAACUGAUCAUCAGUGCUUUAAACACUUUAUAUACGUUAGGUGCAUUAAAUGAUGCCGGUAAAGUUACAAGUUUAGGUUAUAAAAUGAGUAUAUUACCAUUACCUCCACAAUUAUCAGUUGUAUUAAUCACAGCGGCGGAAAAUGGUUGUCUUGCACCAGUGAUCGACAUUGUAUCUUGUUUGUCAGUUGAUAAUUUAAUACUAAAUGUUACAGGUGAAAAUAGAGAUGAAAUUAAUAUGAAAAGAAGAACAUUUUGUCCAAAGGGAACAACUUACGGUGACCUAAUUUCAUUGUACGAGUUCUACCAAAAUUAUAAAUCAUUAGGCAAAGAGUGGUGUUUGGAAAUGAUGUUUAGUUAUAAAGGUUUCAAAAAUGUUCAGAAAAUUAAACAUCAAUUAAAAGGAUAUAUGCUUGCUACAAUAAAGCAAGAUGAUACUUUAACAAAUGAUGAAAAGGAUAAACAAAUAAGAGCUAUUGAAGCACAACUUGAUGAAGAAGACCAAGAUCAAAUAUUGGAUAUUCCUGCAAUCCUUAAAUCGUUUUUAAAAGGUUUUAUUACAAAUACAGCUGUUGGAAUGCCUGAUAGAUCAUUUAGAACGUUCAAUACCGGUCAAUUAAUAAGUAUACAUCCAUCUUCUGUGUUAUUUGGUAAACCAAACCUUGAUGCUAUAAUGUAUAUUGAAUAUGUAUUUACAUCAAAAGGGUAUGCGAGAAAUUGUUCAGCUAUCGAAUUAUCAUGGAUUCAAGAAGUCGCUCCUCAUGUUUUAGGUGGUAACAAAAUUAGCAUUAAUGAUUAA